AAUGUUGAUACAUUGUUGUUGUUUUGUAGUUAAUUUAGUUCAGCGUUACAUUUCGGUUUGAUUGCAGGACACAUAUCUCAUUUGCGACAACAUAUACUGACCUGUUACUUUAGGAUACUUCCCAAGAUUCGCACAUUCCCCGGAGAAAUUCCGCAUUCACAAGACAUUUCUACAAGCAUCUGACCAGUGGUGCACAUGCAGGGUAUGACGACUCACUUUAAAGCGAGCAAAGCUUUAAAGGUAAAGAAAGAAGCAGGUGAGAAUGCACCAGCACUCAGCGACGACGAGCUGGUGGCCAUGUCUGUGCGCGAGCUGAACCAGCACCUGCGCGGCCUCACCAAAGAGGACGUGGUGCGACUGAAGCAGCGGCGACGUACACUGAAGAACCGUGGCUACGCUGCCAGCUGUCGCAUCAAGCGCGUCACACAGAAGGAGGAGCUGGAGCGGCAGAAGGCAGAGCUCCAGCAAGAGGUGGACAAACUGGCGCGGGAGAAUGCCAGCAUGCGACUGGAGCUGGAUGCCCUGCGUGCCAAAUAUGAGGCGCUGCAGUGCUUUGCACGGACUGUGGCCCGUGGCCCACUCUCGCCCGGCAAGGCAGCCACUGCCAGCGUCAUCACCAUUGUCAAAUCGACGAACCACACUGCCAGCUCACCACCGUUCUCCACACCAUCAUAGGAGGUGGGGGCGGGUUCAGGGGGGCGGCCUGCCUGGGCCGACCUGGUUCCAAACCCCCUGUCCUGGCCUGCGUCCACCCGACCCACCACUGAGAAGAAGCUCAUUGUCUGGAUUGAAGGGGGUUGGGAUGGGGAAGCAAGGCUGACUCUGUGCGAUUACCGUAGGCUGCAUUUACCUUUCUUUCUCUCGUAAUUUCUCUGUUUUCAACGCACACACACACACACACACACGCGCGCACACACACACACAUACACACACACACACACACACACACACACACAAACCUACAAACCUUGUCUGUGCACUGUGCUCUAACCCUCCAGCACCGGCAGGACGUACUGCCCUCUUCCCCUCUCUCCACCCACACUGAGACUUGCUGAAGUGAGACUAAGUCCUUGAUGUAACAUGCCACAACAGUCCAUGAUAGCUGAUGCCUGUGGUAUCCUGCACAUCAGAGAUUAAUGAAUCAUUGGAGACCACCAUAGUGUAUCAUUACUAAAAUAGGCAAAAUAUUGACAAAAGAAAUCUUUUGACAUCUCUGUCUACAACUGUUAAAAAGAUGUUUUAUUAGCUUUUUAUUUGGACUUUAUAAUGCUUCCUAUUUUGUAUAUGGAGAUAAAAAGGUUUUUAGCACUGGUGAAAAACCACUGAAGAAAAGAAACCAGAGAGGAAGUUUUAGCAAUUGAAAGCAAUGUGAUUAUUUCUCGAAUAAUGUUUUCUUCAUCAAGGACAAACCCUUUGUGCAGUUUAAACUGGGACAAUGGAAUGGAAUGAACUAUAGGAAAAAUGCCUACUAGCUUAUACUCAGCCUCUUUAGUAGAGGAGGUUGCUUGAAUAGCACUUAUUUUAGUGUUAAACACAGUUUAACAUUACAAAAGCGCUUAUAAAGUAGUCACACGUGACUAUUCUGGACGAAGAAAUCAUAGGAUUAUCUCAAACAGGGCACAUACACUUACACUGACUAGGUUACCUUUUUAUUAACUUAUAAGAGCCCUUGCAUUAUAUCCACUGAUAACAUUUGUGAAGGGGAACCUUUUUUGUUGAUCUUAAAAGAAGAUACACUUGCGCUACCAGAUUUGUUUCUUGUCAGCACCAUAAUAAAUGUUAGGUAAUCCAUAUUGGAUAUUGAGAUAACGGGAGCUGUCUUGAGAAAGUAAAGCAAGUCAAUUACUACCUGUAUAUUACAGAAGAUACAGCCUAAUGAAAGAAACAUUGUCAAGCUGAAUCUCUCUCAUUCAGUUUUACAAGGAGAAUUCUGUCCAUUUAGAAAGCAUUCCUACUGCCAGUCCCACGAGGCCCCACUGCCGGUGCUGCAAAUCCUGUUUAUGAAUUGCAAAUAAUUUGAAAUUUCGACAGACUCUUGGGUAAAGAGACUCCUGGGUGUUUGGGCUUGCCCCUGCCUGAUUUCCUUUUAAGCACAACAGGCUAUAUCCCUUUCAGAAAGCUAACAUAUUCAAAAGCGCUUGUUCCAGCAGACUGGUUUUAAGUUAUACAGUCUGAAUAGUCUCGUACCCAAGUGGCUAUGACUGUUCCUUCUCCCCCAGUGAGUUGGAUCCCUGUGGUGGCAAGCCCCAGGGGAGGACAAUGCUGCUGUGUAGUCUGCUGCUAGACCAGGCUCAGAUGUUGCUCCUGUGCUUUUAGCAUAUGUAUGGUUCUGAAUAUCCCCCUCUUCUUGUUGUUGUUGUUGUUGUUGUUUUUUAAACACCUCUUUAUGUCCAAAUGCUCUUUGAUAGUUUGUUUGUUUUAUAUUGUUUCUGUGUGAUUUUAUCUUUGUAUUUUAUAUGGUUUAGGGCACGGAGUAUGUACCUUGGGAUUAGUGUGACUUUGUGAUGGUUCAGCUCACUGAUUUACUGCUUUCAUUUCUUCCAGCUGCAAACUGAAUUCUCUAAAUUCUGACACAAUAGCAAUCCUGCUUUAAAAUCCUGCCUGCAGUGAGCGCAUACCUAACUCAUCCACUCAUCAGUGUUUUAUGGUGAUCCAGUGCUGGAAGUUCACAAAGAUGCUUUUGUAGAUUUUGUCACCAUAUACAUAUUGUAAAAAAAAUGCAUAACUUCAGUAUUCACAGGUGGUAAGACACUUGUGGUUGGUUCUAAACUGACAGACAGCAUUUCAAAGGAUGUUAACAAUGGUUAACAACACAGAAUACUAUAUAAAUGUCACAACUGCUCUGUUUUACAUUUGUCAUAACCAUAGAUGUAUUUUUCACUUUUUUUAUUUGAGGCUUUGACCACAACGGCGCUGUGAAACCCCCCAGAGAAUUCCCCAGUCCCAUGUCCGUUUUUUUUCAGUUCCUAUUCUAUUGAAGUGAUUCAUUUCCCCAUGAGCUCUUAUUAUUACGUCCUCUUUAUGGAUUGCUGUUUAAUUUUAUCUUUCCCAAUUUAUUUACCAAUUUUAAAGAAAACUGACAAAACAGCUGUUUCUGUGCUUUAUACUGACAUCAUGGUGGUGAUGUUUUGAAAUGCUGUGACAAGUACUGGUGAAUCCAAGACACUGCAUAUCUUUUCUUGGACAAAUAAGGCAUUGUUUCUGUUAUGGACCACCAGAGUAAUAACUGUGUUCUUUCUUUCAUCAUGUUAAAUAGAUUAAAUAAAUCUUCAAUUAUUAGAAAGAAGACCAUAAAACCCCAGUUCACUCUAAUUGGGCUAGAUCAUCCAGACAAGGAUGUGUGCAGCUGUGUAAUGGUUUUAGAAUUCUGUUGGCCAGUUUGGAUAAAUGCUCAUGGUUGCUGCACAUGGUCCAAUCUCUGAGAGAGUAAUUUAAUUGCUGGAGAAAGGACAUUAACCUCCUGUAAAUUCCUUGAAUUCUUGUGUCUGCACAAAAAAAGGCAGUCUCAUAGUCUGCUGGACAAAGAUGCACUCAUUGCUACCAGAUUCCACCUACAAGUCCCUUUCCAUUUCUCUCCUAGCAUAAUUCAUGGUGAGGAUAACAUCUUGACUAAGUGGGUACCUUUUGGUGUAAUAUUCUGUGUAUGAUGUAUGUUGCCUCUAUGGCGAAACAGGUUAAAUUAUUCUAUAUUUUAUAUAUGACUAUGUUUUUGAAAGUAUAUAUUAUAUAGGCGUGCAGUCAGUCCUUAAAGCUAUUUCCCACGAACGCACACAGGACUUUUAAGCAAUACUCUUGAACACAUUUGCCUAUAAACAUAGAGCAGAACUCCAUGAUGUAAUGUAUGCUGCUCCAAAUUAUUAUGCCAUUGUCACUAUUAAGCAUGGAUGAACAGGUAGUGGGGGGGAUGUCAUGUUAAUUGUGUUUAAAAUAGAACCUGUCAGGAGUUUGAGUUUAGCAUCAUUUAUGUACUGUAGGAAUGGCUGUGUCAGCAGAGUAUUUUAAUAGGCAACUGCAGACAACAGAGAUUAGUUCUGGUAAGUCCAAGAGACAUAAAUCUAGACUGCUUUAUAUCCAAUAGUGAUUGUAAAACAGACAAGCUAGGCAGCAAACCUAGGCUUAGAUUAAUCACGUCAUGAUUUGCAUCAUUAAUCUGUUUAUAUGCAUUACUUUUGAUAUUUAUUUUGAUUUUUUUUCCCCAACCUCUAAAUUAUUUAAUUUACAUUCUUGUAUUUACUUUUGUUUUUCAAAGAACUACUCUCAUGUACAAAUGAAAUAAUUCUUUUUCCACUCUGGCUGAAUAUAAGGAGGUAAAUUAUUCCUGUACAUAGUAUGCAGUGUCUAUUUUGUACUUUUAAAUAAAGCUUCCUCAUUUAUCGAGGUGUGAAUCUA